AUGUCGUCCCGCCCGAGCACCUACACCGAAAAGCGUCCCAACGGCGUAGCCUCUGCCUCUGCCGCCGGAGGAGGAGAUCGUUCCUCGCGCACACGUAUCCCAGACCCGAACAGCACAAGUAACACAAACCUGAACAACCCCAAUUCUAACUUCUCCCGGACCGAGUCGAGGACUACCACCAACAACAGCGCGCGGUAUGCAGAGUCCUCGUCGACAACAGCACACAAGAGGAAUAACUCUGGCAUUCCCCUGCCAACCAGCCAACCCCCACAUCCAGCAGCAGCAGCAGCAGGAGGAGGAGGAGGAGGAGGAGGAGGAGGAGCAGGCGGUGGUUCGCGGUCAGCAAACGCCUCCUUCGAAGAGCGUCGCACUGAACGCAUCCAGAUCACCACACGCGAAACACUCAUCUCGCGCGCACGCAGUCCUCCUGCCCAGCGUCGGUCAGCUGCCCCCCCUCCCGAAAAGAAACAGCGCUCCUCAGGCCCGUCGUCUAGACCGGCGGUACGAGAUAUGCGCCUCGGCUCCCCCGGCAUCCCGCCCCCGCUGUCGUCAAGCUUCUCCCAGGAUAAACCACAGCAUCCCCUCCCGCCUCCCCCGUGGGAGCCUGAGGCGAGUUUAUUGCCGCUAACAACCGCCCCAUUGGCAUGUCGCGUUUCGGUGCCCCCUUUGGCGGCUAAUGCACCGGGUUCGCUCCAGCCUAAGCCGCUGAGCGAGCUCUCGCUUGAGGCGCAAGAGGCCGUCAUACUGGAUGAUUUGUUAUUUGUGUUCAUGGGCUACGAAGGACAAUACAUCCGCUUUGCGAAGGGGUACAACCCACACGACGAGCAAGCCCGGCUGACGGGGCCCAGCUGGCGUAUCUUACCAGGUUUGGAUCCCAGCUUGGCGGACCUGACACAGGGCAUGUUGCGCGUGGCGACGCACUAUUCUGCUUUAGAGGCCUUCGUGGACGUGCUGAGCCGAGAAGAGUACGGGAGUGUCAACCACGCGCUGUGUGCUGCUAUCCGGAGGCUGCUGCACGAGUACUUAGUCAUGGUAGCGCAGCUGGAAACGCAGUUUCUGACGGAUGAGGGAUUCACACUGCAGGUGCUGAACAUACAUGUGCUGCCCACGGCGCACGUGUUGGCACAGUUGUAUGAUUUGGCGAGGGAGUUGUUGAGGAGAAAUGGGUUGUUGGCGGAGGACGAGAGCGCAGGGGAUGAUGAGAGUAAUGAUUCGACGGAUGAUAUCGAUGCUAUUCUGGAGCAGCUGCAGAAUACAGGCGAGUUGGCGGUGGGCGCGAUGACGGCGAAGAAGAUAUGUAAGGGGGGCGCGGUGUUAGGGAUACUGACCAACAGGUUGGAGUGCAUGUCGGGCGACCCGGCCGCGAGAACGCUCCUCACCUCCCUGCUCCGCGACGCUUCUCGGCCUUACAUGACCAUGCUGAACGAGUGGCUGCACCACGGCGCCAUCAACGACCCGCACGGCGAGUUCCUCAUCAAGGAGCAGAGUAGCAUCAAACGGGAACGGCUCGAGCAGGAUUAUACAGAUGAAUACUGGGAGAGAAGGUACACCAUCCGCGAAGCGGACGUACCGCCGCAGCUGGAACCCGUCAAGCACAAGGUGCUGCUGGCGGGGAAGUAUCUGAACGUCGUCCGCGAGUGUGGCGGCGUCGAUGUCUCCCUGCACGUGCGCGACCUGCCCGUGUCAUUUGACGAUCCCAGGUUUCUCGACAACGUUAAUAGUGCCUACGCGCACGCCAAUGCAUCGCUCAUGCGUCUGCUCCUCACAGCACACGAUCUGCCGGCCCGGUUACGGUCAUUAAAACACUAUUUCUUCCUUGACCCAUCCGAUUACUUCUCCUACUUCCUCGAGCUCGGCGCCUCCGAGCUGCGCAAGCCCGUUAAGUCGGUCAACACGAGCAAGCUGCAAUCCCUCCUCGACCUUGUCCUCCGUCAGCCGGGGAGUAUCGUCUCGCUAGACCCGUUCAAGGAGGAUGUGAAAGUGGAAAUGAACGAGAUCACGCUCGUCAAAUCCCUCCAACGGGUCGUGAACAUCACCGGCAUCGAGCAGGGGGAUGCGCUGCAGCCUUUGGCAAAUAUUACCUCUGCAUUAACAUCAGCGUCGGCCGCGCCGGAAACGGAUAAGCAUGCUACCGGGUUUACCUCGCUGCAGCUGGAUUAUACCGUUCCCUUCCCGGUAUCGUUGGUGAUUUCGCGCAAGACGAUCUGGCGGUAUCAGGCUUUAUUUCGGUACCUACUCUCACUACGGUACCUCGAGUCGCAGCUAUCAUCGACGUGGCAGACGCAUACGCGCAACCCGGCGUGGAUACACAAGUCUGCCACGGCAAAAAGGUUGGAGAUGUGGAAACGCCGGGUGUGGACUCUGCGUGCAAGGAUGCUAGUCUUCGUGCAGCAGUUAUUGUACUUUUGUACGGCCGAGGUGAUUGAGCCGAAUUGGCAGGCUCUGAUGGCGCGACUCAAAACGGGUGAAGGGGCGGAUGGGACUGGGGUUGGAGCUGGGGAGGGCGUGACGAGGACGGUGGAUGAAUUGAUGCAGGAUCAUGUGGAUUUUUUGGAUACGUGUUUGAAGGAGUGCAUGCUGACGAAUAGUAAGCUGCUCAGGACCUGCACUGUCUUCGCCACCUACACGAAUUGGCUUUCGCGCGAGCUGGAAAAGGCUGACCCCGACUUGUCGGGAACGACCAAACCCCCUACCAUGACCGACGCGCAGUGGAAGCAUUUCCAGGCCAUCCGCGCUGCUCGUCCCUCUCAAUCAUCCUCCUCCUCUUCACAAUCCCAAUCCCAAUCCCAAUCAACCUCUCAACCGGACUCAAACACACAACAACAACCCCAAUCCGAAGGAAGUGGUGACCCUUCCAAAGAUAACGACAAGAGUACAAAAGAGAAAGAGGACAAAGAAUCCGCCAAGAUCACCGAACUCUUCGAUGUCAUCCGCAAGUGGGAGACAAACUUUAGCAGGCACCUCCAGAUACUGCUGGACGCCUUGAACCACUAUGCGGCGACUGAAACCGUGGUCUUACUGAGUUUGUGCGCGAGACCGAGCACAGCAAAUCAGGGGACGGAGUGGGCGGGACGGGGGAGGACUGAAGAUGAAAGUGUUGGGGUGGUGGGGGAUGUUGUGGUUUAG